UGCUAUCAAAGUGCCAAGGAUGCUGAAGAUUAGAAAUUAAAUUAUGUUGAAAAGCAUUCCAAUAUUUCUUACGUUUUGCUGUGUCUCAGCACAGUUGCGUGAAACCAAUGAAGCUCUCCCACUCUCACCGGUACAAAUUAAACAAAGUUUUGACAAUGUCAUGACAGACGAGUACAUAAAUGUACUAGCUAAAGAUUUUGCAAUAAAAGCAGCCGAACAUUUUGUGAAAGAACUGGGCAAUCAAAAGACGGCAAUGUCUUCGAAGCUUUCACAAAUCUCUAGAUCUCCAAUUGCAGGGGUUUCGAUGGGCGCCUUACAGAACCAACAAACGACACUACAACAAGCUGAGCCCGAAGACCAGGCAUUGCCACUAGCUCAAGAACAGGCAUUGUCACAAGUUCAAGAACAGGCAUUAUCACAGGCUCAAGAACAGCCUACGGCUGAAGCAAUAGCACAGGCACAUAUACAGGCAAAGCUAAAUGCAAAAGUAAAAAAGGUGCUAAAAAAAACAAAAGAAAAACAAAAGGCGGCGGCAGAGAUACAAGCUGAAUUUGAGGAAAAGGGUGAAGAAGUUGAAGAACCACCAAUAAAACCAACCAAAAAUCAAAAUGGUAAUAAUGUAAUGCUGGAUUCAGAUGAAGCUUUACAUUUGCUAAAAGAGCCUGAACCAGAUGGUGAUCAUUUAGAUUCCCAAUCCGGAGAACUAAGCAAGGAAGCAGCGAGAGAAAGAAUACCUGUUGUACAGGUGAUGAAGAUCAAUGGUGCAUACUAUAGAAGGUUGCUAGGAUUAAUAUAGGAAUGAAAGCAAUUUGGAUACAGGUCAUAAAAUUAUUUAGUUGUACCGCUUCGGUAAAAUUUAUUACAUAUAGCUAAUCCUACUGAAACUAAAGAAGACAGUGACUUCAAAACUUAUAAGACUUUUUGUUCACGCCUAAAAAACUCUAAAAGUCCAAAAAUCCUUAAUACACCAGACAACGAUCACUUAUUCACUCAAACAUGUCCGUUUUCCUCAGCCUUCGUGUUAUUAUAAAUGUAUAGAAAGCCUUGUCGUAUUAAAUAUUUACGGGGACCUUAAAGGUGUUAUCCACGGUCCUACCGGGAUUACGACGCGAGCAACUAUUAUCAGGUGUGAGGAGGGUCUUGGAACGAGUACUUCUUGCCAUUAAGACGAGAAAUAAUUUUAUCUUAGUGCUUUUGAGCAUGUUAGGCCGGUUAAGGAAGUGUCGUUUUGAUAUCAAG